UGUCAAUGUGGUGAUUUAUUUGCUCUUGUUUUCUAAAUAAACGGGUUUUAAUUUAGUAAGAAUAACCGAGCGGAUCUCGCUACUAACCGGCACCUACAGGCAUCCAAACGAAUACAUUUCGGGAAAAUGGAGGCCAUGGAUAUCCAAGCGGUCGAGUCGAAGCUUAGCGACGUGACCGUGACCGCUAUACCUAUGAGUGGCAAAAGUUCACACAAAGAUCUGUCUAUAAGUACCACCAGCCACGCGACUAUAUCGUCAGUGCCGGCAUCGUCCCCCACCUCCAAUGGGAAGGAUAAGGACAAUAGUAUGUCGAAUAUGAUGCUGGAUUGGAGGACAAAAUGCCGAUGGGAUACGGGGUACAGCGCGGACUCCGUGGAGUGGUGUCCAGUUCAGCCGUACACGCAUGUGCUGGUCUGCGGGACUUACCAGUUGAGCGAGGCUGAAGAAGGGCAACCGAAGCAGAAAAGGCUUGGCAAAAUCUAUCUGUUUACAGUGGACGAAGACACCACUGAGCUGAACCCCAUCCAAACUAUUGAGACCUCUGGGGUGCUGGACCAAAAAUGGUGCUACCAUUUCAUAGAAAGUCAUCCAGUCUUAGCAGUAGUUACCUCUGAGGGUCUCAUACAGUUAUAUCGCUUGAUAGACAAAGAAGGAAUUUUAAAUUUAGAACUGUGGUUAGAAGAACAGAUAGGUAGAGAUCUUCUAGCGCUUUCUAUAGACUGGUCGUCGAAUAAAUCGCUCCGAGAUCCGAGUAUUGUGGUGAGUGAUUCGUCCGGGUCAGUAACCUUGUGGAGGGUGGAGGGGAAAUUGACAAAAGAAGGCGAAUGGAACAGCCACGGAUUUGAGGCGUGGAUAGCGGCUUUUAAUUACUGGAGUCCAAAUGUUUUUUAUUCAGGCGGCGACGACUGUGUUUUCAAGUCCUAUGAUACAAGAUUAUCUGAGCCUGUGACUACUAACCGGUCGCACGAGGCUGGAGUCACCGCCAUCAGGAGUCACGUGGAGGUGGAACAUCAGCUGUUGACUGGAAGUUACGACGAACAAGUCCGCGUGUGGGACGCUCGCAGCCUCAAGCGUUGUAUCACAGAAACGGACGUCAACGGAGGAGUUUGGCGGUUAAAAUGGCAUCCUCGACGGCCUAACAUCAUCCUAGCGGCCUGUAUGUACGGCGGUUUUAGAGUACUCCAUAUGGACGACCAGCCUAAAGUGGUCUCCGAGUAUUUGGAACAUGAGAGCAUAGCGUACGGCGCCGAUUGGAGCUCCAAAGGUCUUAUAGCGACGUGCUCCUUCUAUGACUGUAAAAUGCAUAUUAGUGAAGUAAUACUUGACUUAUACUAAGUGUUGCCCGCGAUGCCGAAAUCAUAAAGGGGAAUGCCCAUUUCAGGACCACAGUAUACAGCUGUCUUAAGAAGUCUUACUUUCUCCAGAAGUCUAUAAUAAUGAGACAUAAUUUUUGAUAACAUUUAAAUAACCGCCACUAUAAUAGGCCUUGAAUUAUCUUCCUUUCAUGCCCAUUUUAAUAAUUUAUAAAAUAGCCAAAAACUUAAAAAUAUAUAUUUCUACACUAAUGGCGCCAUUUCUCAGAUACCUAAUACUAUUAAGAUUUUAGAACACUAAAUUUUUAUAAGAUUUUUUUAUGUCCACAUUGGGCCUGAGACAUUAUGGAGAGUGGGCUUUCCCCUUUUCCGAGAUAAAAUCUAUCAUAUGUCCUUUCUCGGAAUUAAUUCAUAGACAGUUUUCAGGUCCCUCUGGACCUACAUAAUUUGGUAGGGUUAUGUCAAAUCAGUGAUAACCGUGACCAAAUUACGUAGGUUCGCCAUCAUAAUAAAACAAGCGUGCUCAUUUAAACAUGUUGUAUUUCAAUUUGCUUAUAAUGUCAUGAUAAAUAUAAUUUAUAACAAUUACAUAAUUAUUCGCCCGUGAGUGAUAAAACUCCACAAUGUACAAUACGAAGGCUUGGGGAUGGUGGAUCCGAUUAAAGAUUUUAAAAACGCUACUGGCCGACUUCACCUACCGUAAAUUUGUACCUUAAUAUUCACUAAAUAAAUUCUAAUAUCUAUUCACUGGAAUUAAAGUACAUGACACGCGCGCCCCACGUGUUAGGAUCGCGACAGAAUAUAACAGAGCAGUGGAAAGAUAGCAGUAAAAAUUGAUUUUCAGAUUGAACUAGCUAAAAGCCGAGCUUUGUGAGG